AUGAACUUCAGGGCACUCAUCAGUGGGAAUGUCAAACCUGAGACAAAACAGGUGGAGAGCAAACGUGGGCAACGCUAUCUUCUAGCUCUGCUCGCGACCACCGACGUUAGGAAGGACGAGUGGAUGGCCCUUGAUUUUGCGGCGUUGCAUGCCUUGCUUCCGAAUGAUAAGGAACACUCCCAGUGGUUGUGCCCGCAGCCCAUCCGUUCUGGAGCGGGUUUUUCCCAUGCAUCCAACCAGUCGGACAUCGACAUCAUCUCGAUGUUUCCUGCAUUUGAGACCGUAAUCAAUCAGUAUACUGCUGGUUCCGUCGCCGAGUACUUCUGGUCCAGCUUGGAGGAUGCCACUGAGAGUUUGGCUGCGGAAGAUACGCUCGUGAUCGCACUCAUAGGGUGCACUCCUUCUGGUACAGAGCUCUUGAUGUCGCCGUCGGGGGAGUAUUUGCUCAACGCUGACACACUGGAGGGAUACACGGAGUGUGCAGAAGGCAGAGUCAUUUUGAUCAUUCCAUACUGCGACCCUGAUUACUGGCAGAGUGAACACUGGUCGCUUGUUGUGGCUGCGGAACCAGUCACUACUGCUACUGGACCCCAGACUCCUGCCGCUCCGCCCGACAUUCUUUCUGUGUCAACCCCCGCCGCGGUUUCGUGCAACAGUUACCGAGGUGUCUUCACUCGUCUGUGCUGCGGACGUAGGGAUGUUGGACGUUCAACUGUCUCAGCAGGGUUGCACCCAGCAGAGAAAAUGUUUGUGGAGCAGGCAGCGGAAUUAUCCGAUGGACGGAGUGCUGCCAAUUGGAAUCUGCUUGAGUGGAUUGAGCAGCAGGGUGCUGCGGGAAGUCUCGAGCCAGUUAGCUCCUCCGCGGACUUGAGUUCACCUUGUCCUUCAAGCUCGUACCCUCCAGGUUCCACUCCUCACAAUAUAUCAGAUCCUUCGCAGCUCCUCCGCUAUAUAGCCCCGACAGCUUCCAAAGAACUCCGGCCGCCAGUGCCCCUUCCGUUAACACCAGAGCAGACAGACCAACUUCUACUGUUAUGUCGGAAUUACUGCUCCUUCGAGCCGGCGGAUUUCAUCCCAGAAUGCUCUAUAUGGCAGCAGUGUGGAGAUUGUCUGGACGGCACCCUCUCAGAUGGGGUAAGGCCCUGGCUCUUCCGCAUAUUACAAGGACGCAAGGCGCGAAACCAACUUGCGGCGCGUAUCGCCAACCGUCUUCAUUGGGUGGGGGAAGGGGAACACCCAUCCGAGCACGUUUUGCCUCCCAGUAUCCUCAAGGGUCUACGAAACCGCGCGAACAAUCACGGGUGUCAUGUGUCCAGCCUUGAAAUGCAGGAAUACCAGUGGUGGUGGACCGGUGCUGCCGACUGGCUUGCAAAGGCAUGGGAGUCAGCUGGAUGCCCCGAAGUCUCAAUGCAGGACUGGGAGGAUGCUAGUGCAUAA